CUGUCCCGGCAAGAGGGUUAAAUCCACCUCUUCCAGGAUCAAGGUAUCGCCUUCCCUUCCAGCCCAGGAAGGAGACAGGAACCUCCCCACAAUCAUGACUCUAUUCGACUCAAAUGCCAAAGGCUGAGAGAUCAAUCCCAGCCCAGGACGGGGGUGGUUCACACACCCAAUAGGUGUGGAUCUUCAUGUUUGUACAAACACCCUAUUAGUAGCCAAGCUGGCUCGGUCACAUGACGGAGCCGAAACGUGAAAUCCGGCCGGCGCCUGAUCAAGUUUUGCUUCUCCGAAAGACGCGCGGAGUCGCUUCUCCCGGGCGCAGGGGAACCGCGCAGGAGGAUCCUUCAUCGCUUCGGCCUCUUUCGGCCGCUGCCCUCUCCCUGCCCGACCUCGAGGAACUAGGCGGCUCGCCAAUGUCCUUCUGAUUGGCUGUCGCUUCAUUAGGGCCACUUGGACGGGAGAAUGGAGAAACUCAAUAAACUCACCGUGCCGGCGGGACAAAAACUCAGACAACUUCAAAAAAUAGUGCAUGAUAUCAAGAAAAAUGAUAGUGGAAUAAUGAGCAAGUUCAAAAAGUUCCAAAAUGAACAAGUGGCCUUAAUAUGCAAAACUGGAAAAAAUACAUGGGAUCGGUUAACAAGUAAACCACCACCAAGCAUACCACCAGUUGAUUAUGUUCCAGACCAUACAGAAGAAGAGGAACAGUGGUCAGAUGACUUUGACAGCGAUUAUGAAAAUCCAGAUCACCACUCCGAUUCUGAGAUGUAUGUGGUUCCCACAGAAGAGAACUGUGAUGACAGUUAUGAGCCUCCUCCAAGUGAACAUGAGCCAGAGACAGUCCCAAUACCAUUCUCGUGUGCUCGGGGUGUAUAUGCAGAUGACAAACGAUCUAGCCAACAGAAGACUUGGCCCCCACCUAUUCCGCCAAACCAAUCUUCAUCUCUAUCAAAGAAACCAGCCACUUUACCCGUACCGCCAUCUGCUGUUCAGAAGCCCAGACUCCCACCCAAGCCAAUGGAUGACGAGGCAGAUUAUGUUGUACCAGUUGAUGAUGAUGAUGAAGAUAAUUAUAUAGAACCCACAGAAGAAAGCACUUCACAACCUGAAAAACCACCUGUGGUGAACAGAUCGACCAAGCCUCCCUGUUCUGUACCAUCACCUUCCACACUAGAUGUAUAUGAAAUUCCUGAAGAAGAGAAGUCAUCACCUCCAUUACCCAGGAUAUCCAAGCCACUUCCUCCCAAGCCAGCUCUGAGACCAUCUGGAGGACAUUCUCAUGAGCGCAACAUACCUAAAGAAUCAUUCACACCAGAUGCAUUGAAAUCAGACAGAAACAUUUUACCACUUCCAAGGCACCGCCCUUCACCGAAAGCUGAUCCAGAGGUCCUUGGAGCGCAAACUGAUGGAAAUAAUAGCAGCAACGGUGCUGCAGAAUUUAAAAUUCCUUCUGUUAAUGUUCCAUCUCCAUUUCCCAGGAUCACAAAAAAGCUAAUGAAUCCUGCAAUACCGCUGAAGCCAAGCUUGCCUGAUAGAGACCACUUAAAUAUUGCUGAAGAUAAACCUAUACCUGCUGAACGCCGCCGGGGUUCCAGUCAUGACAUGCCUCUUCCACCCAUCCCUUCUAGCAUUCAAAAGCCGUUACCUCAGAAGCCACCAAUCUUGUCAAGAUCUCCAGAACCUGCAAACCAUACCACACACCCUCGAAGUAAUAGCUCUCAAGGUGGUUCUACAAUAGCAGAACAGGAUGCUGGCGUUCUUGGUCAAGCAUGGUACAUGGCUUCUAGUGAUCGGAAAAUAGCCGAAGAUGCAUUAUAUAAAUCAAACAAGGAUGGGUCUUUCUUAGUAAGGAAGAGUUCUGGACAAGAUUCUAAGCAACCAUAUACGCUAGUUGUAUUUUACAACAAAAGAGUAUAUAACAUUCCAAUCCGAUUUAUUGAAUCUGAAAGGCAAUACGCUUUGGGUAGAGAAAAGACUGGUGAGGAGCACUUUGACAGUGUGACAGAAAUAAUAGAGAAUCAUCAGCGGACUUCUCUCGUUCUCAUUGAUAGUCAAAACAACACAAAAGACUCCACCAGGCUAAAAUAUAUUGCUAGAAUUUUGUAACUGCAUCAAGGAGCAUCACGAAAUCAUCUAACCCUUAUUUUCCAAGGAUUUGAGCUUCUGAACAAACAUGCACAACUAUUGUUAGAAGAACUUUCUUCAGUUUUUUCCAGCAAGCACCAUGCUGAUAGUUACCAAGCUAGUAGAUUCGUUUAUGAAAUGCUGCUUCAAUCAUAAAGUGCCCAUGUGUGGGUAUACCUUAAAAAAGACAUUACAAACUCUGGAGGCAAAAAAAUCUCUGUGGCAGACAAGAUGUAUUUAAAAUAUACUGUACCUGCUAGCUGUCUAUGGAGGAAAGUCUAGUUGCUUCCUGAAAAAGGACCUUUGGGGUAUACCUGCUAGCAUAUACAUGUGUCUUAUUAAACUUUGUAUUUUUCAAAGCUAGAGUAUCUGUAUUCCAAAGAACAAUUAUAUAACCAGCUAAAAGCAGGAUUUUUAUUCCUCUGACAGCCAUCUAAAAUAAUCAGGAUGUUUAUUUAGUAUAACGGACUGGUACUUGUUUUACUUGUAUUUGUUGGAGCUAUUGUCAAAUUCUGAUAUAAGUGUACAUAUAUGAAAAUUAUAAUUUAUCAAGAUGCAGUUAUGAUCCAUAAGAAUUUAUAAUUCUUGCAUGGUAAAUACUUAACUAUUUCUUAGCUGUUACAUGCUUUUGCAAAAUGUUUCAGGACUGUAAAAUACUUUGGCCACAUGAAUGUAUCAAAUAAGUAUUCAGUGUUUGUUGGGGGGGGGGGUUUGCAGGACUUUUUUUUCCUCACUAGGCUCAUCAUGCAGUUGUGAUCUGCAUCCAGCAAGAUAUUAUUUUAUGACUCUUGGUAAAUUUUAAAUGAAUAGUUAAAGCUUUAGAAUCUUAGCUGUACAUAUUAGCUUGGCUUCCCAUUAAUUUUAAUAAGGGUACUUGCUGCAUUCCAAAUUCUACCAUUUGUUUUUUCGUUGCAGUGGUUGUACAAUUGAUAAAAAAAAGACUAAAUGGUUUAGUAUCUCAGUCAAAUAAUGCUUACAGAUAGUCUUCAAUUUAUGAGUGCAAUUGGGACCAGAAUUUCAGUGAAUGUGAUCGUUAAGUGAGUUAUUACAUGGCUAGACCUGAUCUUAUGAACAUAGUCUUUCAAGUAAAUCAGUCAUUAAGAAAAUCUGGUUACCCCAAUUUACUUAGCUUGUCAGAAGUCUCCUGGGAAAGUAGCAGUCACAAUCAUGUGAUCACAAGAUGUUGCAACUGUAAUAAAUGCAAAUCAGUUGCCAGGUGCCCAAAUUACAAUCACAUGACCAUGGGAGGUGGUGCAAAGUUUGUAACUUCAAGGAUGGUCGUAAGUAACUUUUUCCAAGGCCAUCAUAACUUCAAAGUGUAUUUAAACAAAUGAUCAUAAGUUGAGGACUACUUGCAUUUUUUUAAAAAAAAUUACUUAAAUAUUUAAUAACAGUAAUAGUACUGGGCAUACUAAAUGUAAAAAUUAAGAUAGGAUUUUACUUUUUCUUCCCAAAUAAGCAAUAUACAGUUUUACACUUUCACUCAUGGGAUUAUCUACAUCCAGUUUCACUAAGUUUUAAUUAUGUUUUACAAUUUUUUUUCUUUCCAAACAACACAUUACAAAAUGUUGCAUUUGGAUUCUGAUUUAACUGGAACAUAGUAAAAUGAUAAAUAAACCCAGAUUUCUUUUUAACAAUGGCAAA